AUGACUCAUCCUAAUCUCCCUAAAUUCGAUCAAACGUUCAUUCAACGUUCUCGAAAACGCAAUGCCGUUUUAUUAGGACAUGGUCUGGCUUCUGCUCCUGCUAUUCCUUCUCUUACUCCUACUCCUUCUGCUCCUUCUGCUCCUUCUCUUCCUUCUGCUCCUUCCGUUUCUUCCUCUCCUUCCGUUUCUUCCAUUCCUUCUGCUUCAUCUCCUGCUAAAAGAAGACGUAAUGCGGUCUUGACUGGCAAUCGCAACGCCAUCUUUGUGGAAGACGGACUUCCUUCAGUUGUUCGUGGUACAUCCCCCACUCGACGAAGACGUAAUGCAGUGAUCUUUGAAAACGGUUACAUUCCUACUCAUCAUCAACAUUUCAUUCAACCCACUCAAAGUUCUCAACCCAAAGACUCUGAUUUCUCUGCUUCUCAAAUCGCUCAAGCUUUACUGAACUUUAGAGAUCAAGAGCUGGCGCUUGCUGAUGAAAUGCUUGAAGCCUCAAUUGCUACCCCUAUCGAAGGAGACUAA